AUGUCUCACCUACUGAAGGGGGAACAAGAGAUGAAAGCAUACAGUGUUUACAUAUCAAGUUAUACUGAAGGUGUAUAUUCGGUAGAAGUAGAAUUCUUUUGGGGUUUUACCAUAAACAAGUCAUAUUUUUGGAAAGUUGUUGAUCUUGGGAAGACGGUCAUUGUUUCUGCAGUGGAUAUUACAAGCCCUAAAGGAGAUCCUGAUGUUUGCGGCAAGAUAAUAGAGGCAUGUUUCAUCAGCAGAGAGAAAAUGGACUUUCUAUAUACUGAUGCUUUUGUCUGCAAAUACAUUAAGGUUUGUCGUUUAGCGACAGUCUCACUGAGUCUGCUUUUAACAAGGCCUAUGGAAGGGCGUUUUAUUGCUGUUUCUUGGAACAAAGAAAUACCUGGACAGAUAGUCAACGUGUUUACAGAACGUGUUAUUAAUGAUGAAGCAAUGACUUGUAAUAGCGAACUUGGAAUGGGUGACAAUGGUAUAACGGAUGAUCAAAUUUCAGCAUCUUCUGCUCUUAUUGCAUACACCCCCGACAAAGCAAGGCCAUAUGGCCAUGGCUGGUGCUCAGAUUUUCAGGAUGAACAACCAUAUAUCGAGGUUGCGUUUAAAGAAGAAAUGGGAUUUGAAGCAAUUUUUCAUCCUUAUAGAAGCCCUGGAUAUGUUGUAAACAAAGAAGUGGCCUUUGUAAGCGAGAUUCACGACGAUAGGACAAUACUUUCGAAUAUUGGUUUCCCAAAUCAUUACCAAACAAAUCAGGCUUAUAAAUGGAUUAUCACAUAUCCCGAAAAUUACUACAUAAAACUAGUAUUUACACAUAUUGAAUUGAACAUUCCGCAGGACCCUUCAAUUUGUAAUGAUACCUUGAAGAUAUUCAACCAUCUGUUUGAUACAGAUUUGGCCAGAGUUAUUGACCAUACUUUAAAUGGUGUAAACGACUCAUUGGUACUUGAAACAGAUGUAACACAGCUAAUUCUGUCAUUUGAAACGUGCAUCAAUAUGAAUGUAGUGAGUUUUGGAAGUGGAUUCAAAGCGUUUGUGUCUUAUGAAAAUAUUCCUACUUGCUUAUCUCUUCGCACGCGCAUGACUUGGCAUGAAGGGUUAAUGGAAACAUGCCGCCUGCCUUUGAUGAUGAUAACUUCCAUGGCUUAUCUCGGCUUUCCAUUUGUGCACACCACUGAACAAUGGACGAUACACGCUCCAUUAAAAAGAAUAAAUCUGCAAAUAAUUUCAUUUUAUGUCCCGUGUAAAACAAGAAGCUACAAAUCAGAAUUCAAAAUCGGCGAUAUGGGACUAGAGAAAUUUUACUGCAACAUAAACAAGCCACCUAACAGUAUCAAAUCAUCAUUUGACAUUAUAACUGUACAUUUCUAUAAGGGAGAAGAUCCCUGGCCGAGAAAUCGAAAUGUCGAAGGAUUCAGGAUUGUCUAUAGUGUUUUAUAUGAAGAAGAGGAAUUGGAAAUGAUUGACUAUAAGGAUUCGAUGUCUGAAGUAAGAAAUGUUGCAAUAAACAAGAGAAUAAUUUACCAGGAUCUUUUUGGCAAAGGAACGUCUGCGUUGGCCACCGAUGGCUUAACAUUUCCAGAACAUGAUGCAUGCGUAAAAACGUUUAUAAUGUCAAAACCUUGGAUUUUAUUGGACCUUUAUUCCGUCUACAAUGUGAGCUAUAUAGUGCUAUAUUAUAGCGUAGGGGACUUUCAGGGACAUGACACGUAUGAUAUUGUCAUUUCCUCUGGUCUAACUGUCUGGGAAAUUAAUCAAUUGACACGUAUUUGUGGCGAGAUAACGCCGAGUAGAACGGUUCAGCUGAACAGCCAUGCAGCCAGAUAUAUUCUUUUCGAACAAACGCGUGACAAGAAAGAACAAUUUAGUAUAUGUGAAAUUAAAGUAUUUGCAAACGAAGAGUGUCAUAAUUUUUCUAAUAAUUUCUUUCAAAAGAUUAAUUCACAAGACUUUAUCACAGUUAACAAGGAUCUGUGGUUCGAGCCUUGCUAUGGUAACAAUCAUAUUUCCUCAUCUGAUACCAGUACUUAUACACAGAAUUUAAAGACGUUGUAA